AUGUCCGUUGGAACCUUCGCGGGGUGUUGGACUCGGCACCGCUGGACAUGUUUAAGAACGCGCCACAAUGUUGUCACGGCGGCCGCUAGCAGGCGACAAUGUAGCGAGCUAGCAACAAAACAGCAAGACAAGUCACCGAAGAGGUCCAAAUCCCGACCGGCGCCGAGCGCCACGCGCGACUGGAUCGGCCCGCCCGACCCUCUUUCCAACCUGCGACCCGUCGUGUACCGCGCGGCGCCCCGCGAGUCGGAGCUGGAGGGGCGCCUGAGGAACCUGCGGCAGGACACCGAGGACUGGAACCACGCGUUCUGGACCCAGCAGAACGUCACCUUCAGCGAGGAAAAAAAUGCCUUUGUUGCGUCGCAGCUGAGGGCCAAAGGCUUGACGGAGCGAGACCAGCAAGGUUGUCGUCGUCGUCGUCGUCGCCGUCUUCAGCACACGCGCAGCCGGCGAUCCGAAAAUUCAAAUUCAACGGCAAAAGGCGACAUUCACGACCGACCGGAGAGUUUUUCGACGAAGCGGGCAAACCCGCACGUCUUAGUUGGCCUGCGAGUCGUCCGCUUCAAAAGCCGAAACGGACGGCGCUCAGGUGGAAUUAGCAUUUCACCUUGCAGACACAAAGGGUUCUCAUCUGAGCCCGUUUGGACUCCGUUGCAAACCGGAACAGCAGCGCACGUCGGAGUCGGCGGCCUUGUGGAGCGACCGCGUCGGACCGCCGGAACCGAAACGCAGGCCUGCACGACGCUGACCUCGUGCCAAAGUCUACUGGAAAAUAAAGACGGACGCGCACGACGUUGCCGGGCAGGAUUUUGUGCGCGUGGACGCUGCGGCCGCCGCCGCACUCUGAGCACCGAGGAAAUGUCCGUCUUCUACAAGAACUUCUUGGACAAAAACCGAGAGCGACACGCGCGUUACAACAAGGAGUGGUACCGACGCAACUUGUCGGUCACCGUCCUCAUGGCCCGCGUCGCGCUGCACAAGCUGUGGAAGACCCUCGUCGAUAAACGCCGCCGCAACACGCCCGCCACGUGAUGGCGCACAGAUCACUGCAUUUGGUCCGCGGUGCAAUGAUGGACUGGAUCGCGGUCGCCGCUGCGGAACACCCCAACAAUCGGGGAAAUCUGACGUCUGGAAAUACCUCCCUAGGUGUCUUUUUACGGCGCUCAAAAUGUGUUUGCAAGGUCUUCUCAAAGAGUACAAAAAUGUGAAAAUGUAAUAUAGCCAGAAAGCGCAAGAACAGAAAGACAAAUAAAGGAACAACCGUAAUGACGCUUAAGAACGGUGAAUCGCGAUUAAUUACUCUUAAAACUGGAUGACACCGUCAGAAAAGUGCUGGACUACGAUCGGAUUGUGCGUGGCGUGUACCUCGAUAUCCUCGUUUGCAACUAAAACAAUUUGAACCAAA